AUGUCGCACUGCUGGUCGAUUGGAGCCGACUACAUGGUGUCGCUCUCAAACCCGUAGAUCCGGGAUUUGUAUCCUUAUUGCUCAUGGGGGGAAGAUCGACAUUGAGAGCAAUGCAAUGGUCGGAUUCUUGGACGGAUCUCUUCACAUGCGCCGGACUGUUGAUCCCCGUCCACGUGUCGAAUUCACACUGGAUGGCAGCGUUCGUUUCCAUGUCAUGCAGGGCCGUGUGCAUAUACGAUUCCCUUGCGGACGAGGGUGAGGUCAUCAGGAUUGGAGAGGCCAUCGUCGACUGGCUGGAUGUUAUGCAGAAGAAACAUUCGUUGAACCAUGACACACCUUGGCAAGUGCGUCAUAUGACCCAGGGCCCGAUACAAACAGGGACCGAAGAUUGCGGCAUCUACUCCCUGGUCGCCCUGCGCCACUUUUCGAUCUGGGCGUUGAGGGUUCACCGCUCCGCGCGGUCUGACCUUGCUCGUGAGGACGGCGGACACGCCGAUGAUGGCGACGAGGAAGAAAAGGACAAAGACGAAGAGGGAAAGAUGAAACGUGUGUCGACGGAAGACCUGAGGGAGAGCUUGCCCCGACUAUCCCUGCCCCUAUUCGAAUGGACGGUCAGAGAAGGACCUGAGAUGACGAGGUUACACAUGAUAGACGAGUUGACUUGCAAGAGGAUGUUUCCGGGAUCACCGGUGCGCAGUAUGAUAGUAUGAAAUUUAAUACAUCUGGG